AUGACACGUCGCGUGUUCUUGGUGGUGCUGCUGGCUGCAGCGCUGCGUGGAGCGCGCGAUCAGCUGGCUGCCUUCCUCAGCGUGCGGUUGAGGCCAACCAUGCGUCUGAAGGUUCAGCGAGGAGCAAAAGGUAUCGACGACAUCCGGAGCAUGGUGAAGUCAGGGAGCAUCUCUGCCGACGUUGCCAUAAACAUGACGCAGUUGCUGGCAGCCAAAGAUAACGAGCUGGCGCUAAAAGACAAAGAUAACGAGCUGGCGGCCAAAGAUAACGAGCUGGCGCUGGCGGCGGCGGCCAAAGAUAACGAGCUGGCACUGGUGGCCAAAGAUAUCGAGAUGUUGAAGUUGCAGUUGGACACUACCGAAAAGGACGGGCUUCAAGCAGCUUCGCGGUAUGCAGCCAUCCUGUGCAAUCGGUUCCUGGUGGAGACAGGGCUGCGGAAAUUUGGGCCCAAGCUCACCCUCACCAAUUCGUACGACCAGUUUUCGCGACAGUACAUUUUGUCUACUUCGUCAAAGGCUCCCAGUUUGACGCCGGCCGCGGACAUGAAGUUGCAGGAGUUGCAACAGGUGACGGGCACUUCGGGCACUUCGGUAGACCGGCGACAUGUGACAAAAGAGUUACAAAUCCUCGUGCAUCAGCUAUCGAGAGAAACCCACUAUGUGCAGAAUAUGGAAGAGACGAGGUACCUCGUCGGUGGAAGCGAGCCAACUGCUUCAGCUACUGCCGUAGUAGUCUGCUUUCUGCAGGCUCAGAAACUGCUGGAGAUGAAUGUCACCUUUGUGGGCGCCAACUAUUCCAAGCUCGCUGUCUUGUCGGGUGGCAACGUGACAUCGCCGUAA